UGUGUGUUCCAUGGACACCAUGACGUACAAUCAUACCAUCAUACAAUCAUCGCAAGUUGCUUCAGCUCGGGACGCGUACUAGACGAAGAAGGCUAGCACAACACGUGAGUGGGGUCCUCGAGGGUCCAAGCUUAAUUGCAUCGCGCUUGCACGCGCUGCGUGUCGCGUUCGCUACACGAACUUUCCCAGGCCCUCUUGUUCACUUCCACACCUCCACACCACACUCCACGACACCGCGCGCUUCCACACCUAGACUUCCUCUUUCCUCACCCUAACACUUCAACUCUACUCUAAGUCAUCAUGCUUGAGGCACGCUUAACCCAGGCCAGUCUUUUCAAGAAGGUGGUCGAUGCUAUCAAAGACCUCGUGCAAGACUGCAACUUCGACUGCAAUGAUUCUGGCAUCAAUCUCCAGGCUAUGGACAACUCCCACGUCGCCCUCGUCUCGAUGUCGCUCAAGACCGAUGCCUUCGCAAGCUUCCGCUGCGAUCGAAACAUUGCUCUCGGUAUCAACCUCGGUUCCCUGACCAAGGUGCUCCGCGCUGCAGGAAACGAUGAUGUUCUCAGCCUCAAGGCAGAAGACGCCCCGGAUGUCGUCAAUAUCGUGUUCGAGUCUAGUAGCCAGGACAGGAUCAGCGAGUACGAUAUCAAGCUCAUGGAUAUCGACCAGGAGCAUCUGGGCAUUCCCGAGACGGACUAUGCGGCAAUGGUCACGAUGCCCGCUGCGGAAUUCCAGCGCAUCUGUCGCGAUCUCAGCGCCCUGUCCGAGUCAGUCGCGAUUGAGGUUUCUAAAGAAGGUGUCAAGUUCACCUGCACGGGUGAUAUUGGCUCUGGAUCAGUACAGCUUCGAAGCAACACAAAUGUUGAAAACCCCAAGGAGAGCAUCGAGAUCGAAAUGACCGAGCCCGUCGCCCUGACCUUCUCUCUAAAGUACCUCGUCAACUUCUGCAAGGCCAGCGGACUCAGCGACAAGGUCAAGCUAAAGCUGUCCGCGGAGGUACCGCUGCUGGUUGAGUACCCGCUUUCGGAGGGCACGAACAGCUUCUUGCAAUUCUACCUUGCACCAAAGAUUGGCGACGAAGAGUGAGUUAAGCAUGAUAUCCGGCGAUACGAACAUAAAAUACACGACUCCAAUGUUGGGUACGAUAGGGCAGCGUAAUGUUUUUGUUUGCAUGCGAAACGCGCAUCAAUUCUACGAGAAUGCUAGGUUUGGGGAUACCGCGGCCCAGCCAACUGUGGGGUG